GCCAUCCAGUGGACAAAGCCUAGAACUGCAGAAUUGAAUCCCAUCAUGCUUUGCCGUGCCCGCCGACCUGAGAGCUACCGAUGCUAGGCUAACUGUCGUUAGCUACCGGGAGCGGACAUGUUGUACCGACCCUUCCUUGAAUAAACAUCGCUGUAAGCAGGGAAUCGGGAGCUAAGGGGAAGGCUCGGAGCGUUGGGCAACCAUGGACGCCGUCAACGCCUUUAACCAGGAGUUAUUCUCACUGAUGGACUCCAAGCCUCCGAUCUCUCGGGCAAAGAUGAUCUCCAUCACCAAGUCAGCCAUCAAAGCUAUGAAACUCUACAAACAUGUGGUCCAGAUUGUGGAAAAGUUCAUCAAGAAGUGCAAGCCUGAGUACAAGGUAGCAGGCCUGUACGUGGUGGAUUCCAUUGUCAGGCAGUCCAGACACCAGUUUGGACCGGACAAGGACGUGUUUGGCCCAAGGUUUACCAAAAACAUUGCAGGAACUUUUGAGAACCUCUGCCUUUGCCCGGUAGAGGACAGGAGUAAGAUUGUGCGGGUGUUAAACCUGUGGCAGAAGAAUGGGGUUUUCAAGAUUGAGGUUAUUCAGCCCCUCUUGGACAUGGCAGCUGGCUCUAGCAGUGCUGCUGCACCCUAUACAGGCACUGAUGAGCCAGGUUCCUCACCUCCUCCAGCCAAAGAGCCAGUUACUGCAGUAACGGCAAACUCCACCACGACAUCUGCUGCUCAGUUGCAAAACUCUGAUGCCUUUGCUGCUGUGGCACAGCUCUUCCAGUCUUCACAGGGUCAGCAGCUUCAACAGAUGCUCCAGAAUUUUCAGCAGCAGCCAGUGAAGCCUGACGCCAACACUCAGCCUCCUCUCCAUAAUAUCCAAACACAGGCCCAAAACAUCACUACUGGCCUGGGCAUGGCCUCCUCACAACCUCCCCUGCCCACCCCACCCACCCAGCAGAAAACAACAUUUGACAAGAAAUUGCUGGACCGUUUUGAUUAUGAUGAUGAACCAGAAGUUGGAGAGGAAACAAAGAAGGAUGACACAGCAGCACAGCCCUCCUUUAUGCAGCAGCAGCAACAACAGCAGCAGCCUCCAGCCUUCUCACAGCACAUGGAGCACUUUAAACCGGCAAUGAUGAACAUGUCACAGGACCUCUCUCAACAGGUUCCUCUCCCUCCUAAUGGCCAGCUCCAGGCCUAUGGUUUACCACCAGGACAAAGCUUCCCAGUUAUGAUGCCUCCUAUGGGGCAUGCUCUGCCAGGACAGCCCCUCCCUGGCUCUGCUGGGCCUCCAGGCUUCCCAGGGGUAUACCCUUCCCUUAACGCAGCCCAGCAACAGCAGGAUUUGUCAAUGGAUAUGGACCGUUCAUCUAUGAGGGAUGGCAGACAUGGUCAAAGGUCACACUCAGGCUCCAGGUCUCCAAAGAGGAGGAGGUCACGGUCUAAUUCCCGUACACGACGGUCCAGGCACAGGCGGUCCCGCUCUCGCUCCAGAGACCGGCGUCACCAUUCCCCGCGCUCUCGCUCGCAGGAGCGCAGGGAGAGAGAGAAAGAGAGAGAGCGACGGCAGAAGGGCCUCCCGCCUCCCAAGAGCGAGACACUAAGCAUUUGUAGUACAACCCUCUGGGUGGGUCAGCUGGACAAGAGAACACAACAGCAAGAUGUCGCCUGUUUACUGGAGGAGUUUGGGCAGAUAGAAUCCAUCAAUAUGAUCCCUCCACGUGGCUGUGCCUAUAUUGUCAUGAUCCAUAGGCAAGAUGCCUUCAGGGCUCUUCAGAAGCUUAGUAGAGGAUCUUACAAAGUAAACCAGAAAGCUAUCAAGAUUGCUUGGGCUUUGAACAAGGGCAUAAAGCCUGAGUUUAAACAGUACUGGGACGUGGAGCUGGGUGUCACCUACAUACCUUGGUCCAAAAUCAGAGAGGACCAGUUGGAGGAGCUUAAAGAAGGAGGGAUACUGGAUGUAGAAACCUUAUCACCUGAAUGGAGUGGAGUGAGGAAGACUCUAGAACAACCGGAGGAACUCACCCACAACGGCCGUUCAGAGCCACAGCAGCCUGAGGAGUCACAGGUUGCACCUGUGGCCGCUGCAGCUGCUCCUCCUGCACAGGUCCCUCCAAUGCAGCAGCCAAUGGUUGGUGUGGGUUCUCUCCAGCCUCCUGUCUUUCCUGGCCCCAUAGGCAUACCUCCACCUUCCUUCCCCCCAGGCGUCCCUCCUCCUUUCAUCAGACCUGGCUACAACCCCAUGCAGAUGCCUCCAGGUUUCCCUCCCCCAGGUGCCAUGCCUCUAGGUCCCCCACCUCCUUCCAAAGGUGGAGUUGAGGACCCAUCCCUGGACCCAGCAAGUCUGGGCAACAGGAAAAAUGACGAGGUCCCUGAGGGUCCCAACAUCUUCAACAACCAGAUAGGACCUAUGGGUAACCAAGUAGGCAUACCUCCAGGUGGACCUCCAGGUGGACCUCCAGGUGCUCUUCCAGGUAUACCUCCAGGUGGUCCACCAGGUGGUCCCCCAGGAAGUAUCCAGCCUCCCUCUGGUGGCCUGCUGGGUGCACGGCCCGGUAUAAUCCCACUCCAGCGUCCUCCCGUUCCCCCGCUGCCGCACAUGCAGCGUUUCCCUCCACCCCAUGUGACAAGACCUCCUCACCCCAACAUACCCCCUAUGCCCCCACAGAUGAUACCUAGGGGACCACACCCUCAAAUGAUGCACCACGAGCCUCCCCCACCCAAAGGAGGCUUUGGGAUGCCCCCUCCCCACAAUUUGAGGCCUCCCUUCCCUCCACAUGGGCAUGGCAUUCCUCCUCAAGGUCCUCCCCCUCCUUUUAUCAGACCAGGGGGACCCCGUGCACUGGAAGGGCAGGAAGAAAUGGAUGGCAGACCAUUCAGGGGAGACAGGCCUGGAUUCAGGGACCGAGAGCCAGAGAGGGACAGAGACUGGGAUCGGGACAGGGAUAGAGAGAGGGACCGAGGCUUUGGAGGUGGAAGGCGUCCGUUUAGUGAUGGAGGCAGGGGAGGAGGUGGUGAUAGAAUGGAUGGCAGGGACAGGCUCGGAGGCUGGCAGGAAGACGGAGGCAAUCACCGGGGAGGAGGAUGGGAGAGAGACAGGGACAGAGAUCGGGACAGGGACAGGGACCGGGACCGGGACCGAGACCGAGACCGUGAUCGUGAUCGGGACAGAGACAGACGGGACUGGAGGGAGAGGCGAAGCAGCCUAGAUAGCGACAGGGAACGAGGGAGGGGUGAUGAUGCGGAGAGGGAGCAUGGGAGGGGGGAGGGAGGAGAAAGAGGAAGGGGGGAAGGAGGGAGCCGAGAAAGAGGGAGAGGAGCUGAAGGAAAAGAAGGGGACAGGCCGAGGCGGUCAGAGCGGCGAGAGAGGACCACGCGGUGGGACAGGGAUGAUCGAUUGGCAGAGUUGGAAAACAUGGACAGAUUUCGGACUUCUAACAACACAGAGCAACCCUCUGUGACUUCUAUGGUUACCAUGGAAACCAGUAAAGAACCAAGUGGGGAAGCUGCUCAACAAAAGGCAGAAUCAGAACUUGUAGCUCUGGCCCCAGAGGUGACUACUGCUGCAGGAGAGCCGACGCCCUCUGAGCCCAUACCCUCAGCUCAAAGUGAGCCCACAGAAACAAAACAGGAAGCAGCAUCAUAGACUGGCUCAAUGUUCCUUCAGCCAGAGACAGCUGCGAACCACUGAAAGAAUGACAGUCACAGUUUGUCAGUUCAUAACUGACAGUUUCUGGGAAGUAACAUAUUUCUGGAAAACAAACACCUCACAUACAUGUUGUCAAACAUAUGAAAAUGGCUGUUUUCAGAAUUUAUGGCUCAUGGUCAAAUUUUUAUUUUGCAUCUAUGUCUCAAAACACAUGACCACGUGAAAAUCUGUUUUAAAAAAUGGCUGUAGUGAAAUAUUGGCUGUCACCUCUAGUUUUUCUCCUUCCUGUCAGUUGUAAGAAUGAACAGAUUGCUCGCAUGUUAACUUAGCUCUGUCCAUCUGAGGUUAAUGUGAGCGUAGCGUUUAUGUUUUUAACUCAAGUUGGUUUGCAGACAGAGGAAACAAACGAUUUCUAUGGCAUAGUUUUAUUUUUACUUCACACUCCUCAACAAGGUAAAUGUAUUCCUUUUAAAAUAUUUUUUUCAAAUUUGCCAAAAUGUCAUGUCAAACACUGAAUACCCUCUUAAACAAUUCUAUUAUAAUAGAAGCGCCAUUUAUUUUUCUGAGUUGUCACCUCAUCUUGAUUUUUUUCUUGUCAGCCAAUGAGGCACAACUUUGAAAGGACUGUGGUGGCCUUAAAAUCCAACCAAGUUACUUUUAGGUGUAGUUUGGAUCUAGAAGGGUGUGUGAUUAAAAACAAAGAGGUACAAAGUAGUUAAAACAUCUGUCUGGAUGUUUGGGUAAAUUACACUGAGAGCUGUACCAGACUGCACAUGGGUGCACAUUUACUUGUCAAUACCCAGUGUCCUUAAAAGAAAUCCACUCUCAAUGCAUGGUUUUAUUUAAGUUUUUUUUUAAAUGAUUUGUUCCAUUAGAACUGAGACGCUUACACAUGACUGAUUAGAAGCUGAGCUUAUUCUCACAAUGUCUCUGAAUCUAACCUAGUGGUCAUGUUUUUACUGGUAACAGGAAUUACAUCAGGUUACUUGUGAAAAAAGUAACACUCAUGUCAUUCUGAUAUUAUUUAGGGAAUUAAGGAUGCUUCACAUUCUUUGACUCUACUUAUCCAGAUCUCACUUUAUAGCAGAGUUGUUAUGAAAAUCUUUAAUGAUAUUGUUUGGUUGCAGAAAUAUUGGACAAACUCAAACCAUUGUAGAUGCUGAAAACCAAGGAGUUAAAUUUUAACAGUGGCAUAAUAAAAUUUCCUUUGCAUAACAGAUGUUGAGACUGAUGAGCCGACAGGCAUUUCAGAUAUAACAAGCAUUUCAACACAACAUGCACAAAAUCUAAGAAUGAAAGAAAAGUUGCGUCCAGGUGUAUCGUGGUAGUGAAAGUGGGCUUGGAUAUCGUAAUACAAAAAUAAGUUUGAGUAUAUCCAUUUGUGAAGGAAUUGACUUGUACCCAGAUAAGCAGCAGCUGUCCAUAAACUUAUGGAUUUUUAUCUUGGUUUCUGUUAAAUGUUUAGUCUUUUUUUUCAUUUUCCUCAUAAAAGUUAUGUGAAACUAAUUUUUUUCUGCUGUCUAAAUUUUACACUCUUGCCUACAAUUGUACACUUUUAUUUUUCAGUUAAAGAAAUAAAGCAGAACUUUUUCUAGAUCAAACAGAGGAAAAAUACAAGACAAGUUUAUUUUCAAAGUACAAGUUUAUUUUAAAAGUAUUGUACUCCACAAAAAAUGCAAACAGUCAGGUACCAGCCUGGCUUUUUGAGCAAUUUGUACAAACACAAGUUAGCAGGCAGGCUUGGUAAAGCUUUAUGGUGGUCUAUUUCUUUUUCCUGUGUGUAUGGAAGGAAUCUUGGGUCAGAUAAAAGAGCUGUAUUGUAUUGUGGAAUCUCAAACUCAGGCACAAAUUAGUUUUGGCCACAUGAAAAUGCAAAGUGAAACCCUGUAGCUGAAUUAUUUUUUUGUUAACCACAGCUUUCAAACUUAAGUGUGUUUCUCUGAAGAGACACUGUAUCUGAUAUUGAUUAAGUUGUUAACAUCUGAAGCCCAGAUUCUGCAAGCCCAACUCUUGUUCUUGAAUAAUUUUAACACAGAGGCACCAUGGGGAAAGCUUAAGUGAUGAAAUGAAGAGUAUUGCUUGGGGCAUACUGCUGUAAAUAUGCUUGUAUCACUGACAAUUCUAAGGUGUCAUGGUAAUUGUUGUUUAUAAUCUGUGAUUUCGUUUAUCAGAGAGAAGCAAGUUGACUCGGAAGGAAUAACAGAGGCCCUUUGCUUUAAUGUUUUUAACUCCUCAUGGUUUGAAAGUUGACAGAUGUUUCUAUGAUUUGUUAAAAAUACAAAAGACAUGGACAUAAAAUCUUCAAUAUUUCAACCAUAGGAAAUUGUUUUUAAUAAACUAUUUUUUUACCAAAUCA